ACGUGGACGAGGUCAGAGCGAGGCCGCUGUUCCAGUAGCUGGUUCGACGCGUUUUCAGUGGGACCAACAAGGCAGCACACUGGGAGACAGUGCUGCACCUGCCGUUAUAGCUAAACCUUUCCCCUGCCGACAUUUUCUUCCUUCCUUCAGUGACGGGCAGGCAGACGUCUAAGUUAAACGGUGCAUGUUGUCUGCUUAAAGAUGGAGAUACAGUUCGGUUGCAAGUUGCCUUCUGAUGACAUCGUAGUUUUGGAGCGAGGGGAAGCAACUCGUGUGGUAAUCCAUCUACACGGAGCAACGGUCCUGAGCUGGACUCAUAAUGGUGUAGAACAACUUUUUGUGAGUUCCAAGAGCGUUUUCGACAAUAAGAAAGCAAUUCGAGGAGGAAUUCCGAUCGUCUUUCCACACUUUGGACCCUGGCCACUUGGUCCGCAGCAUGGAUUUGCACGAAUCAAGAGAUGGACAGUAGCACAACCUCCUAAGCAGGACGAGACCGGCGCGGUUCUAGCUACCUUGACCCUGAGAGACGACGAGGAGACCCGCAAGAUGUGGAAAGCUGAGUUUGAGCUGGUGUACACUGUGCAGCUGCACGAAAACUCUCUCCGCUGUGUGCUGGCCGUGCACAACACAGGCCAUGCUAACAUAGACUUCACGUGUUUGCUCCACACCUACCUGCGCGUACCGGACAUCAAGGACACCAGAGUGCUUGGGCUGCGGGGUGUGACGUACAUCGACAAGGUAAAAGAUGGAAAAGAGUUUGCAGAAGACAGGGAGUAUGUGACAGUGGCCGAGAAUUAUGACAGGAUAUACAAGAACGCACCACAGACUGUGUUUGUCCAGACUGGAGCUCACCAGCGCCUGGAGAUGACAACCUCCAAUCUACCUGACGUUGUUGUCUGGAAUCCCUGGAAGGAUAAGUCCCGAGAAAUGGCGGACUUUGACGACGACGGUUGGCGAUACAUGCUGUGUGUGGAGGCCGGGAAAGUUGUCUCCCCAGUCGUCUUGGAGGCCGGAGCGGCCUUUGAGUGCAGCGUGUCCUUCACGGUCAACCCUGAACACCAUGGCUUGUAGUUGUUGUAGCUGGUGUAAUGCAUUCUUUAGUCAUGCUUCCAUCCUGUGCAUACAAUUAUAUCAUGACACAAUCUGUGUCAUCUGUCUGUGCCACGUCACCUCACUUUUUUCCUUUAGUUAAUGUUAUAUGUAUAUUUAUGUAUUCUGUAAAUGAUGAGUAAUGUAAACACUAUCUGGAAUGAUGAUUUAUUUCUAUAAAAGUUUUGAAAAAUC